GUGAGCUCCCCGUGCGGGGAGUGUGUGCCGGGAGCAGUGGGGGAGCAGGAGGUGAUACAGACAGCGGGAGCGAGUGAGAGAGGGUCUCAUUACUGGAUUAUUAUUACCGCCGCAGCCUGGGAUUUACUAAGGGCUCCUCCGUGCGCUGUGUGUGUCCGGCAUUGCAGGGUAAGCCGCCCGUCUCUGCCCGCCUGGCACCGGGGAGGGGGGGCUGCCUGCCUGGCUGGGGGGCUGGCUGGAGGAUGUGUCCGGGGCCGCCGGGUCCUACUGAGCUCUGCCCGGGAUUACUGCGUGGAUUACUGGAUGGCAUGGGUCUGGGGAAGCUGGCAAACACCCCCUCCAACAGGACCAGCAAUGACUGUCUGACAGGGGGGGCACAGGACCAGCAAUGACUGUCUGACUGACAGGGGGGCACAGGACCAGCAAUGACUGGGGGGGCACAGGACCAGCAGUGUCUGACUGACUGGGGAGGGGGCACAGGACCAGCAAUGACUGAUUUGGGGGCACAGGACCAGCAGUGUCGAUUUGGGGGCACAGGACCAGCAGUGUCUGAUUUGGGGGGACAGGACCAGCAGUGUCUGGCUGGGGGAGGGGGGUGGCUGUCAAAGGGUAGGGGAGAGCAAAGAGCUGUCAGGAGGCACAGGGAGAAGAGCUGUCAGGAGGUAAGGGGCACAGUAAGCUGUCAGGGAUGGACAGGAAUCAGGGGAGCUGGGUAUAAGGCAUUUGUCUGAGUUUGGACUUGCUGUCAGUGGGGAUUAGGAGGCACAUGGAUCUGGGGGUGCUGACAGUGAGGAGCUGGCUGCACAGUAUAACUGGUACAAGUCUAAUGUCUGCAGAUAGCUGGUGGUGGUAUAGGGGGCUGCAUGUUUUACUGCUGUCAGUGGCUGCUGCUGUCUGUUGCAGACUGUGAGAUCUGUGUGUAAGGGGCUGUAAUAGGGGGGUUUCUUUUUGUGUUAGAUGGCAGAGCUGGUUAUCUGAAUACUGUCUGCAUAGUGUAAUCUUUCUGGUUAUUGUCGCUGCUUUUAGUCCCACAGAGCUAGUGCACUGGCUGGGCAUUUAAAUGAGGGCUGCAUUGUGCUGUGAGUGCAGUCCAUGCCUUGCUUCCCUGGUGCUGUCUGCCCGUGUGCUCUCUUGCUGUGCCUGGGUGAGGCAGACCAUGCCAUGUCUGCUUGUAGUAGAAGCCUUGCUGGAACCUGCAGCCCAAUUUAAAGUGCCUUUCCAGGAAUAAGAGCCGGCAGCUGCCACAUCCCCUCUAGUAUGCUGAGACCUGCAGCCCCCUCCCAUUCUGUGCAGCCGGCAUUUUCCUGGGAGGGCUCUGCCUGGAAGUUAUGUCACACUCAGCUCUUUGUGUUAAGGGAAAGUUCUUCAUAUGCUGGGAAUGUACUCCUUCCUAUUGUAAUGGAUUCAUUAGUGACUUGUGUGAAAACAUUUAAUUUUUAUUUAUUUGUCCCAUCAAAACUUGGUUUGAGAUUUUCUGCUGUGCUGUUGCCUAUUGUGUUAAAGGGUUUGGUUAAAUAUUCCCUCUGUUUGAAAUUACAGUGUAAUUCUUAGUUCCUCUGUUAGAACUCUGACUAUGCAAAUGAAAAACUGACUUAACUUAUGCCGUCAGCUGUUAAGAGCAGCUGCUUGACAAAUCUUAAUGGGUCUUGCAUAAACACAUUUCCAAAACCUAUGGCACAUGAAUAGUAAAUGGAAGCUUUUUACUAUUGUGUGCAAGUUAUUUUAACCAUUUGUUUUUUUCUGUUGCAUGGAUCUGGUAGCUUUUAGAAUGCUAAUGUAACAAUGGCUAUCUCUGUUCAAAUACCCACAGAAAUCUAACUAAUAUACCCACUGUUUUUACUUGCAGAUUUUCUGUGAGGAGCUCAAAAUGCCGCAAACCACAAAUUAUCCAAGUCGGAACUACGACUAUGAGUAUGACUCCAUUCAACCAUUUUUUUACUUUGAUGAAGAUGAGAACUUCUAUCAGCAGCACAACAGACUGCAGCCUCCAGCUCCCAGUGAGGACAUCUGGAAGAAGUUUGAGCUAUUACCCACUCCACCCCUGUCCCCCAGCCGUCGAUCGAGUCUAUCCAGCCUUUUCCCAUCCACAGCUGAUCAGCUGGAGAUGGUCACAGAGUUCCUGGGAGGGGAUAUGGUCAAUCAGAGUUUUAUCUGUGAGCCGGACGACGAGGCAUUUGUGAAGUCUAUAAUCAUUCAGGACUGCAUGUGGAGUGGUUUCUCAGCAGCUGCUAGGCUGGAGAAGGUGGUGUCUGAAAAGCUUGCUUCCUACCAGGCUUCUAGGAAGGAGAACUCCACGUCUUCUCAAUCCCAAAGCCCGCAGCAGCAAAGCCCUCAGAAGACACAAUCCUGUUCAGGAAACCUAAACCUCAGUGGAACCAAUAGGGUUAGUCAAGACUACUUGCAGGACCCCAGUUCUGAUUGCAUAGAUCCGUCUGUGGUUUUUCCCUACCCACUGAAUGACACCAUUUCCAAAGCCAACUCUAGCUGCCUAGAUAUCAUCCUGGACACCCCACCAAUAAGCAGUAACAGCAACAGCAGUGAAUCAGGUAAUAAGCCUUUCAUCAAGGGUGGUCUCGAACACUGUUAGACUGCAAUUUAAGAAACAGCUGUAUAUUGUGCUCUAUAGACUGAGAGGUCAUGCAUGUGUAAGACGACUGCAGUAACUUUCAGUGCUGGAACAAAGUGCUCUUUAAGGGUACUUAUCCAAUUUUCUAAAGACUUGUUAGAAUUCUCAAGCUGUGUGCCUGGGGAUCUUUUGUGUGCAUGCGCUAAUCUUGGCAACUUUUUUUUUUUUAUGAUCUGUCAGUGAGGGAGGGAGGAGUCCAACAAUUCCAUGAGAAAGUGCAGCGUUAGAUUUAAGAAGCAAGAUUUGCAGCAUUGCAGUAGUGGGUGUGGCUCCUAUACCCGGAGUGAAUGGCAAGGGACAGCAGACAUGCUUUCUAUGAAUGAGACGCUUGCUAAGGUUGCAGCCAAGGGCGUAACUUUUCAGCAACUUCAUUGCAUAAUAAGUGUUGAAUUGUAUUUUUUUUUUUUUUUUUUGCUGUUUUCCAUAAUGUGACAUUUUAAUAAAUAGUUUCAGGAGUAACUUCUUAUACAAGACCUGUGUUACUACAAACCUAGAAUUUAAAAAUAAAAUAAAAAUUAUUAUACAAGAGAACUGACUUGUACUGUAUCUAAAACUUUUUUCCCCUUUCUUUCUUUCUCUGACAGAAGAGGAACAAGAUGAUGAUGAAUAUGAGGAAGAGCAAGACGAGGAUGAAGAUGAGGAGGAAGAGGAUGAAGAAGAGAUUGACGUUGUCACAGUUGAAAAAAGACAAAGUGCAACGAAGAAAAAUGAAUCAAACACUUACUCUUUACAAUCUAGACCUCACCACAGUCCUCUAGUCUUAAAGCGAUGUCAUGUAUCUACCCACCAACACAACUACGCUGCCCCUCCCUCCACAAAAAUGGACUACCCAUCUUCCAAAAGGGCAAAGUUGGACAGCAACACCAGAGUUCUUAAACAGAUCAGCAACAACCGCAAGUGCUCGAGUCCCAGGUCGUCAGACUCUGAGGAGAAUGACAAGAGAAAGACACAUAAUGUUCUCGAACGUCAGAGGAGAAACGAGCUAAAGUUAAGUUUCUUUGCCCUUCGUGAUCAGGUACCAGAGGUAGCAAACAACGAGAAGGCCCCCAAAGUAGUCAUCCUCAAAAAAGCAACAGAAUAUGUAAUUUCUAUGCAGGAAGAUGAGCGACGGCUACUACGAGAGGCAGAACAGUUGAAAUUAAAAAAAGAACAAUUAAAACACAGACUUCAACAGCUAAGGAACUUGAAUAUGUAAACCUUAACGGGAGCAUAAGACUUAUUAAAACUGUGACCAUUAAAUAUAAGGUGGUCUCAACAAAAGACCUCUGAACUACUUGACUGGACAUAAUUGCAUGCACAUGAUUCAAAACUACACAACCUUGGCAUGGUCUCUUCAGAUUUUGCCAGCACCUUAAAACUGCCUCAUUAAUUUUGAAAUGGGAAUACGGGAUAGAACUUUUUUUUUUUUCUCUGCUUGGGGUGGGGGAGGGGUGGAUUUUUUUUUUUUUAAAUUGUUUUACAGAAUAUUUGUAUUUAAGACGUUUAUUUUUCUUACAAACGAUACUGAAGUUUUGUUCUAAAAUAGCUUCUAUAAUCUAUUGCUGAUGUGUAUAAUAUCCUUAUUGAGAUCUUUAUAGAAGAUUACUCUAUUAAUAUUCAAUUCUCUAACCAGAAUGGCGGGGGGAAAAAGGGCAGAUUAGCACACGUCUGUUUCCUGCCAUGCCGCAUUUAUUACAAAUGUUUGUGGUUUUCUUAUAUUUAAGUACAUUUAUAUUAUCAAAAGUUGUUUGCUAUUCCUGUAUUUGAUCUGUCAUCUCAAAUUCUGAAAACCUGAUGAAGGCAAAGCUGACCAACAUGUGACUUAAUAAUGUAAAAAAAAUACAUUGCAAAAAUUGCCCAUUCCCUUCUGUUUUGAAUUCUUAGUGGAAGUUUUGAAGGUCUUUCUGACAGUAAGGAAUCGGUUUCCAUUUGGAUUUGCGGUUUCUAUAAUGAUUCUUUUAAUGAUAUUAUAACAUGCUGGUAGUCUGAAAAUUCAUCAUUGUUUAUUACAAGGCUUGUUAGCUUGUCCUAUUCAUCAUGGGAAGAGGCCAGACUGCGAUAGCGUUUGACACAGCAAGCUGUUUGAAAUAAGCUUCAGAAAAAUAAUAAAAAAAAA